AGAUCACUUUUUUGUUCCUCCCCUUUCGUGAACAUGUGUAGUGGGCAUGCAUGCGUGUAGUUGUUCUGUAGGAUGUUUCGUUCCUUGCUCCGUGUCUCGCUGGUCGUGUGGUGCACGAUCACCAGCGUUGCGUUCGCCGCGGACAACCUCGCGCUAGAUUUCACCAGCAAUAUUGUUCUAGAAAACGCGGUUCUCAAUACUACGUUCAAUGUCACAGGCAAUUUCACGAGUAGUGUGGCGGAGCUCUUGCAGAACUCCUUUGGUUCGUCUGCACUCAAAGCUCGCGUGUUCAAUGUGUACCCUCACCUGGUCGUGUCGACGGAGGCCUGGUAUAGCGGAGCCGCUUCCAGCGUGGAGACGAGCGUGAACACGAUCAAUACCACGUAUGAGAAACUGGCCGCCGAUGACAGUCUCGCUGUUGAUGUCUCAGGGAAGCUCAGCCACCUCUGCAUGCGCAAUAUUGGGCAGCAGCCGACUGUUGUGGACUACACGAACAACUGCAGCUUUUUCAAUGAAGCACUGGCACCAGGCGCCGUCAACAGCACUUGUCCGCGCAACCUCACAGUUUCCAUUUACACUAACAACUCUGAUCCCGUUUCGAUGCGCACUGCGUUGUGCAAUUUCCUCCCCACCGACUGCGACCUCAUUACAAACGUCACCGCAUCGCAGGUCAGUGUGACAAUCAACGGUACCCAAGUUCUCGUGUACCUGAUGCCGUUCACGAUCACCGCGCAGGACCGUGAGGCCACGCUCACGCUACUCGUCGCUUACGCGCAUUAUGCCUCCUUUCUAGUUGAACAGAAGAUUGUGUACAUUCUGGUGAACGGUGUGCGCGUCUUCUACCAAGGCGACAUGCAACAAUUGUGGGCCGUCGGCACCAUGUCCCAGUGCGCGCAACGCAUGUGGUACCUCAUCUUCCUCAUUAUCCUCGUGCCCGUCAUUCUGAUUCUAUCACAGCAGAUGUACUACUGGGGCCGCCGCUCCGGCAAGCGCAGCAUUAAGAACGCCGAGAAGGACAUCCGCGCCGGCGUUCACCUGAGCAACAUGCCGUGGGCCAACUUCGGCUCCUCAGGUUAUCAGUACGGGCCACCGCAGGGCUACCCAGGUGGCUACGGCGGCGCCGAGUUGCAGCAACAAGUUAACCCAUAUAUGCAGCAGAGCCUCAAUCCGCCGCAGUUCUACGGGCAGCAAUGGGGUGGCCCGCAAUUUGGAGGUCCACAGCAGUUUGGCAGUCUGCCGCAGCAGCAGUACGGUGGGCUUCAGCGACAGCAACAGUCGCAGGUUCCGCCGGGCACCUUGACGAACCGCAACGCACAGUGGCCGUACAACGGGCAGCAACCGCAGGCAAAUCCGAAUCAAUGGGGCGGAUACAGCAACAGCGGUGCUCAGGCUGGCUGGGGGCAGCAGCAGUGA